ACAACACACACUUUUGCCCUCUUUUCUUGUCUUGCUUUUUCCUAAGUUUGCUUCCUUUUCAUUGUUUGCAGAAGCUAAUUCCAUUGUUCGCCACUUAUCCAAAUGGCGAAUUCGGCAUCAGGGAUAGCAGUGAGUGAUGAGUGCAAGCUGAAAUUCAUGGAGCUGAAAGCAAAAAGGAACUACAGAUACAUAGUGUUCAAGAUUGAUGGUCAGCAAGUUGUUGUUGAGAAGGUUGGGGAACAAGGAGAGACUCAUGAAGAUUUUGCCAACAGCUUGCCUUCCAAUGAAUGCCGCUAUGCUGUUUUUGACUAUGAUUUCACUACUGAUGAAAAUGUCCAGAAAAGCAAGAUCUUCUUUGUUGCUUGGUCACCAGAAACAGCAAGAGUAAGAAGUAAGAUGCUGUAUGCAAGUUCCAAAGAUAGAUUCAGGAGAGAAUUUGAUGGUGUCCAAGUUGAGUUGCAAGCUACUGAUCCAAGUGAAAUGAGCUUGGAUACCUUCGUUGGCAGAGCUCGCUGAUCGAAAUUUGUCUUUAAUUUCCCCUCUACAUAUAUUGUCAGGCCUUUUUAUUCAGUCACUAGUAAAAGCAUAUGUUAAAGGCCCUUCCUAAUGGAAUUUUGUGUUCAUUUAUACUUCUUGUCUAAGACGUUCAGUUUAUUUGUCUUUUAAGAUUUUUGUUUUGUAUACUAUAAACAUGAUCAUGUGUGACAAUGUGAUGAGAUCCUAAAUUCUAAUUAUAUUUCCUGUUGUUGUC